GGUUCAACUGUUACAUCCAGAGCUUGAAUUGAAAAAGUAGUUUCCAGUACUCCUUAUUCACAUGCUGGCGUGUGUAUUAUAUCCCAGUACACAGAAGCAGACGGACAUCACCUGCUCUGCGAUGGAUAAGUUUGUGUUCCUGUUGAUCCUUCUCUCUCCAGCAGCUUCCGAUGUGGUACAAGUGAAACCUGGAGAUGAUGUCACUCUGCCAUGUCAGGCUGGUGAAGCCUCCAUCAGAGCUGUAGAGUGGAGCAGACCUGAGCUGGAGCCAGAGACCGUCCUCUUUUACAGAGGUCGACGCUCAGUUUCAGAACAGCAGCAUCCAUCCUUUAAGGACCGGGUGCAGCUGGUGGACAGAGAGCUGAAGGACGGAGACGUGUCUUUAAUUCUGAAGAACGUGAGCAGGAACGACGCUGGAACAUACGAGUGUCGAGUUGCAACAGGAGGUUCAAGACGUAAGAGAGCCAUCAUUAAGACUGAGCCAAUCAGAAUCAUCCAGCUGGAGGUUUCAGGGUCCAACAGCGGAGACGUCGAGGAGGGAAACUACGGUCUUUACUAUGGACUGGGAGCAGCUUUUGUUCUGGUUUGUUUAGCUGCUGUUGGAUUGGUUGUUGGCUGGAAAUAUAGAAGUCAUAAGAACAAGAAUCCAGAACAGCCUGCUGCUGCUGAUGAAGCAGUGAGUGAUCAGCUCCUCUGAUCUCUUUUCACCAAAGCCGAGUUUUAUGUGUGCAAGUCCACCCAAAGAUGGCAAAAUUAGGCCCUGUUUACACAGACAGAGGGAUUUUCAAAACCGUGACUUUUCCUAUGCGGUUUGGCCUUUCGUCCACACGGAAACGCCGCUUGAUAGUGGGUUUUUGCGUUUUUGUGUAGACAGAGAUUUUUUAUAAAUGAAGGAGGGAAAAACUGGUUAUAAAAAUACCCGUGUACGUGUGGACUAAGCCUUAGAUUGUAUGUUUCGAUGUCCUCACAAAGAAUCUGUUUGUGUGUCAGUAUCUUUUUAUACAAUCUUUGGUCAGUAUUUCUUUGUAUGUGUGUGUGUGUGGGAUCCUGAACCAUCUACCAAUCAAAACAAACCUGUGUGUGUGAAUGUGUCAGUAUGCAACACAGUGAAGAGAACACAGUCCUCAGUCCAUCAGAACUGAGGACCAGGUCCUUUUGAUAUUUUUAUAAGCUAAUGAACAUCACCAAGGUAACCAGCUCUGUCAUACAGACAGAUAGGAAAAUAAACUUUCCGUCAAAUAAACCUCCAAAAAAGCCUAAACUUUAGGUCGUAUUGGCGAAAUGACCUGUGGACCAAUGGAGGAGUUGUGUGUCACAGUAUCAGUCCGAUGGAUUCAAUAAGCUCGUGUCUAGAACCAGCAGAAAUUUACUGCAUGAAGAGUUAAAAUUGUUGUCAAGCCAGCGAGUUAAAUACAUUUUUAAGAUGAGUUUUGAAAGAAACUUUGGCGAUGAUAUCGCACACUCAUCAUUUGGGCAUCUGUGGCUCAGGGGGUUGUCCGUUAAUCAGAAGAUGGACGGUUCAAUCCCCGGGCAAGAUACUCAACCCCGAAUCGCCCCUUUUGGCUGCUCCACCAGUGUAUGAGUGUGUGUGUGAAUGGUGAAUGCAGAUGUAGUGUAAAAAACGGUCAAAAAAGAGAAAGAAAGGCUCUAUACAAAUACAGAGCUUUUACUUUAUAAGAUAAAAAAAGAGCUGGAAACUUUAUAUACAGCAAUGUUACACAAAUAUAAAAGCUGACUACAACUUUUUAUAAUAUACUUGAACUUCUUGUGAACAAGAAGGUAUGCCAAACUGACAGUUUUUGAUGAUUUCAAGCUUUUGCUCUAUUUACUUGCAUGUGCCUCAGCACUGAUGUAUCACAGGGAAUUUCAUGAACUCUAACCAGCUAACAGAUGUAUGUUAUUGUUGCCUUUUAUUUGUUUAUGAACGAUUACUGUUUACAUGCAUUUUAUUACUAAUUAUUUUUAUACUGUGCUUCUUUGUACUGUCUCAAGAUGGCUCAGACCUUUUCAUUAAACAUGAGGUAAAGAAGAGUAAUAUUUUGAUUGUUAGAAGUAGGUCAGUAGUCAUUCCCUGACUCCUCUCUGUCUGUUCCUAAAGUACAGUAUGUGAUGAGGCAAAAUUUUUAUAUCACUGAUGUCUGUCUGAUGAUAUGAAUAUGAAUGAGUACUCUCUCUAUGGAGGUGCAACAGAAAGUUUCUGCAACAGUAUGCAAAACUCAACAAAUCAUAUAAUGAUGGUUAGAGGCUGCUGCUUAAGGCGCCACGAUGGAGCAGUGCAAGCCAAAUGUUUGUCAGUGUUAGUGUGCCUACCAGGGCCCCGUAUCAGAAAGUGGGAUUAGAGAAAACCGUCAGUUUCUGCUCAGUUAAUUUCUUCGUUCAUACUGUCGAUAGCAAACAUGAUCUUGAACAUGGCCGCUUUUAUGAUCAAUCUGUCAUCGAUGUAAUGACUUAUCUCCGCACAUUGUGGAUUUAUCCUCAGCACAGAAUUAAAAUCAAUGUCUAUCUUUAGGUAUAACACUGUGACAGUUGCACUGAAAACACUUACUGUGGGCUACAUUACAGCAGUAAUCACUGUUCAAACUAAUCUGUAACCUAGAAAACUGAUCAAUGAACAGCAAUAUUUCAGGUUGCAGUCGCAUUGAUUGGAACAUUCCUGUCUUAG